AUGACGAUUUCAGCCGCCGCCGGCAUCUCCCUUUUAGUUCCACUCCUCAUCGUAGCUCUCUCCACGGCCAACACAGUGAGCUCCGCCAGGCCAGAUAUAGCCGACAAUGUCAUCCAGCUGCCUUCAUCCGCUUCCAGGUUUUUCCGCUCCGGUGGCGUUGACGAUGAUGCCGAGGUCGGGUCGACGGGGACAAGAUGGGCGGUGUUGAUCGCCGGAUCCAAUGGAUACUGGAAUUACAGACAUCAGGCUGAUGUCUGUCACGCCUACCAGCUUCUGAAAAAGGGUGGUCUGAAAGAUGAAAACAUCAUCGUUUUCAUGUAUGAUGAUAUUGCCAAUAAUGAAGAGAACCCGAGGCCUGGAGUCAUAAUCAACAGUCCACAUGGUGGCGAUGUUUACAAAGGCGUCCCAAAGGAUUAUACCGGGGAAGAUGUGACUGUGGGCAACUUCUUUGCUGCUAUCCUUGGCAACAAGUCUGCUCUGACUGGGGGCAGUGGUAAAGUUUUGGACAGUGGUCCAAAUGACCACAUUUUCAUCUACUACACGGAUCAUGGAGGUCCUGGAGUGCUAGGAAUGCCUACCAGUCCUUAUCUGUAUGCCGAUGAUCUGAUAGACGUGUUGAAAAAGAAGCAUGCUUCUGGAACCUAUAAAAGCUUGGUCUUCUAUCUGGAAGCAUGUGAAUCUGGAAGUAUCUUUGAAGGCCUUCUUCCAGAGGGUUUAAAUAUUUAUGCAACCACUGCUUCAAAUGCUGAAGAGAGCAGUUGGGGAACUUACUGCCCUGGAGAUUAUCCUAGUCCACCUCCUGAAUAUGAAACCUGUUUAGGCGACUUAUACAGUGUUGCUUGGAUGGAGGACAGUGAUGUGCACAAUCUUCGGAGGGAAAGCCUGCACCAGCAAUACGAGUUGGUUAAAUCAAGGACUUCAAAUGGCAAUUCUCCUUAUGGUUCGCAUGUCAUGCAAUAUGGUGAUGUGCCACUCAGCAAGGACAUGCUUUUCAUGUAUAUGGGUACGAAUCCAGCGAAUGAUAACUUCAGUUUUGUGGACCGGAAUGCCAUAAUACCACCUGUUAAAGCUGUCAACCAGCGAGAUGCUGAUCUUGUCCAUUUUUGGGAUAAGUACCGGAAGGCCCCCGAAGGAUCAAUGAGGAAGAUUGAAGCCGAGAAGCAGGUUAUGGAGGCCAUGUCACACAGAAUGCAUGUUGACAACAGCAUGAAACUCAUUGCAAAACUCCUAUUUGGAAUCAACAAGGGAACGGAGGUGCUCACCACUGUUCGCCCUGCUGGCCAGCCCCUUGUCGAUGACUGGAACUGCCUCAAAACACUGGUAAGGACCUUUGAGACGCAUUGUGGGUCGCUUUCCCAAUACGGAAUGAAACACAUGAGGGCCGUAGCAAAUUUGUGCAAUGCUGGAAUCGGGAAAGAUCAGAUGAACGAGGCUGCGAGCCAGGCCUGUGUAAGCUUUCCAUCCAGCCCUUGGAGCUCCCUUCAGAAGGGGCUCAGUGCAUAA